GCUGUGAUCCACCCUCAGCCCGGCACUCACACUCGCUCCAGACAGUCGAAAACCCACCACUACGCCCCCAUCGAUCUCCUCCCUGACCACACCCUCCUGCAGAUCUUCUCCCACCUUUCGACCAACCAGCUGUGCCGCUGCGCACGCGUUUGCCGCCGCUGGUACAACCUGGCUUGGGACCCCAGGCUGUGGAGCACUAUCCAGCUAACAGGAGAGCUGCUUCAUGCCGACCGUGCCAUCAGGGUCCUCACCCACCGGCUGUGCCAAGACACCCCGAACAUUUGUCUGACCCUGGAGACGGUGGUGGUGAAUGGCUGCAAGAGGCUCACUGACCGGGGACUGCACGUGGUGGCCCAGUGCUGCCCCGAGCUACGCCGCCUGGAGGUUGCCGGCUGUUAUAACAUCUCUAAUGAGACCGUGUUUGAAGUGGUAUCCCGCUGUCCCAACCUGGAACACCUAAACCUCUCAGGCUGCUCCAAGGUGACGUGCAUCAGCCUAACCCAAGAGGCCUCACUCCAGCUGUCUCCAUUGCACGGCCAGCAGAUCUCCAUCCACUACCUGGACAUGACCGAUUGCUUUUCCCUCGAGGACGAGGGCUUGCGAACUAUCGCCUCCCACUGCCCUCGCCUGACUCAUCUGUAUUUGCGGCGAUGCACCAGACUAACAGACGAAGCCUUGCGCCAUUUGGCUCUCCACUGCCCUUCAGUGAGGGAGCUGAGCCUCAGUGACUGCCGCUUGGUGGGGGAUUUCGGCCUCCGGGAAGUCGCCCGCCUAGAGGGUUGCCUGCGCUACUUAAGCGUGGCCCACUGUACCCGCAUUACAGAUGUAGGCAUGCGCUAUGUGGCUCGCUACUGCCCGAGACUGCGCUACUUGAAUGCGAGGGGCUGCGAGGGGCUCACGGAUCACGGCCUGAGUCACUUGGCCAGGAGCUGCCCCAGACUCAAGUCUCUGGAUGUCGGUAAAUGCCCGCUGGUGUCGGACAGCGGGCUGGAGCAGCUAGCCAUGUACUGCCAAGGCCUGAGGCGAGUCAGUCUCAGAGCCUGCGAAAGUGUAACAGGCAGAGGACUCAAAGCUCUGGCGGCCAACUGCUGCGAGCUGCAGCUGCUCAACGUGCAGGACUGCGAGGUGUCACCGGAGGCUCUGCGGUUCGUCAGACGCCACUGUCGGCGCUGCGUCAUCGAGCACACAAACCCCGCUUUCUACUGAGACGGGGAGUUCUUGGACUGGUCUUCUGACAAGUGGAUGUUCUAAUAUUCCUGCUAUGGUGUUGGCAGAGUUCAGCGGCUGAUGUGUCAGAGCUAGUUGAAAACCGGCGUGCAAUACUGGCCAGAAUUUGUCUUUUUAAAUUCUCUUGAUGGCUGUUAAUGCUAUCCUUUGAAAAUACUUCCACAGAAUGUAUUUAACAUAUUUAUCUAUACAAAAAGGCAGAAAAGUACAGUAUUACUCCCCCCCCAACAUCACAGUUUGCAAUGUAAUAACAUGCUACAACACUGAGCACUGGGUACAGCUGUGUUACCAUUUCAAAGUAUUGUAAUAUCUAUUUUAUUUUAAGUCAUUGUCACCUUUAGGCCCUGAAACAUAAUCAUUGUAAUAAUUUCUACAGCUAUUCUUGAACAACAAGUAUCUCUUGAUCCUAAACCACUGCGAAUGUAGCAGCAGCUAAGCAGAUCUGGUGAUUUAGACUAUAGUCAGUUUCACUUUCUUUGAGUUGUGUGCAUACGCACUUUAUGCAUUUGCGCUGACAAUCACUUCAACUGAGCUCAAACUCUUAUAUUUAGCAUUUUGCCACAUGCAUUUGUGUUAGUUAAAUGUCACGAGUAAAGCAAACUGUGUUUCCAAAAAGGCCGGGAUACAAUAAAAUGUAAAUAAAAUGCAAAUCAUAGAAAGUAUGUUUAAUUGUGCAAGGACGACAUUCAGUUUAAUCGCAGAGCCAUGCUGUAAUAUGUGCAGGAUGUGGUUUGGGCCUCUCUUGAAUAUCAUUGCUGAUGCCUUCGCAGAAAGCUUAAGUCGCACAUCCCACAUGGAUUCCAGCUCCUUUUAAACUUUGCUGGAUGGUUCCUCAGUUCUUUAGCCCAGAGAAAAUAUCCAGAAAUCUGGCAUGUUGGCUGUUAUGUAAUCUCAAUAAUGAAAUCCUCCAGUUCUUUGCAUUUUUCAUGUUCCUUACUGCUGUUGUCAAACAGUUCAAGUAGAUCUCUAUCUAGUCUUUUUUUAAGAGUGGUUAAAAACUCUCGUUGCUUCUGAAAGACUCUCCAAGAUGCUCUUUCGCUAAUGAACCUAAUUAGCUGUGUGCAUGCGGUCAAAAAUAAAUAAAUAAGAGGAGUGGAGAGGUUCUGGAUGCUGAGGCAGGCAGGUAAGGUAAAAUCCACAGCACACAGAACAUGUGGAAACAUGAGGGACGGUAACCAUCUAUGCAGGAAGCAAGAGGAGUCCAGAAACCAUGAACUACAAGGAGCAUUAACGUUUAAACACAGACAGGAGGAACCACGUUGUCUUUGUACCAGUCUAACUGCAAUGUGGAGUUUAAAUGCGUAGCAAAUCAAUGCACAAUGUUUUUGUUUAUAUUUUACAAAAGUAGUACUGGCUUUUUUUUUUGGAAAGCACGUUUGCUCCUGAGAGGGGCUUUUACUGAAAAAUAGGAAUGGGAUCAGUGUUGAAAAUAAACAAGAACACAUUGCUGCUAUAACUG